CAAACUAUUAAUUUUUAAAAUAUCAUAUUCUCGCUCACACGCAAAGUGAUAGCGAGCGGGCUUAUACUAUUUCUGGUUACUAGAGGAGAACCUCCAUAUAGUAGUUUUAGAUCUCCCCACCCCCAACAAGGAUUGUUAUUUAUAUUCAGAUAACAUUCUUUUUACGGAGAAAGUAUCUGCAACGAAAUGCAGAAGAACCAGUUUGGACUCGGUGGCCGGAAAGGGAAGGUAAGAACAGGGAAAGGGGCGAUUCCGGGGAGGAAUUUGCGGGUGACGAAGGGAAGGUACACCUGUCGCCACCUAAGUAGAAAGAAAAGCCAGAACGAAACAAAUGAGUACCAAUUUCUAAAUUAUAGCUUCCCCCUCCAGGUUGUUGUCUGUUGUUCUUCCACGACCUAGCUAGAUCCUCCCUUUUGUUGCUUACUCGUCUCCCAGUCGGUUGCGCCAUGGCGGACGGCUAUAAGCCUGUAACUCAAGGCAGGGCUCUAGUGUUGACUUACUGGCCGGCCGGAAACGGUAUUUGUCGUCAGCUAGGUCCGCCACAUCAGGGUCGACUCAGAUCAUCGUAGUUUCUACCAACCCUUAUUCGCCUUAUCCAUUUUUUUUUUAUUUAUCUCCUUCAUUCAUCACUUUCUCAGUUUCUCUCUUUCUCUACCAAGACCCGGACAAAAACAGGCACGUAAACAAGAUCUCCAUCCCCAAUUCUCCUCUUCUCCUUCUCCUUCUUCUCCCUUCCCUCCACCAAAUUUUGUUCCCACCUGCAUUACCGACUUCGUCUCUGUUUCUCUCGCUCUCUCUCUCUGCAUCUUGGUGUUUCUUUCGAUUGGGAUUUAUUUUAUUUCCCAAACUCUAAUCCGCAUCCUUUGCCCUGUGGCGCAUCGGUGAAUCCUGAACCCCCAUCAUCCAUCGACUGCCCAUAUCCUCACGAUGCCUUCCCUCCUCACAGCAGGUACCGCCAUCGUGCUCAUGGGCGUCUCUGGUGCAGGGAAAAGCACCAUUGGAGAACUGCUGGCGACCGAAAUAAACUGCAGCUUUCUUGACGCCGAUGACUUCCACCCUCAUUCCAACAAAGAGAAGAUGAGGCAGGGCAUUCCCCUGACCCACGAAGACAGAAUCCCAUGGCUCAAUCUCCUGAGGGACAAACUCUGCCACCACCUCAUCUCCGGCAACACAGUAAUCCUCGGUUGCUCUUCCCUACAGAAGUCUUACAGAGACAUCCUCCGAUCCGCCGACCCCCACCCGCCGCCGUCCACCUGUUGCUGCCAUUUCGUGCUGCUGGAUGCCAGCGUCGACUUGCUCGCCCACCGCCUCGCCGAGAGAGCUAAACAGGGGACUCACUUCAUGCCUCCGACUCUGCUGCGGUCCCAGCUGGAUUUGCUCCAGAUUGACGACCCUUCAGAACAAAUUCUCCGGGUCGAUGCUUCCCUUCCUCCUCCCGCCAUUGUCUCAAAUAUCAUAUCCGCCUUCGUGAUUUCCAGCCGCGGCCCCAGACAGCCAUCAUGCCGGCCAGAUUUCACACAGCACAGUAGCACCACCACCGCCCCCAUUCAAUAGCUAGCUCGUGUUUGUCGACGUCGUAAGAGAUGCAGGAGCAGGGCAAAACGUGUGAAAUGAAACCUCAGCCAAAACGACGCUGCCUCAGCCAAAACGACGCUGCUGCCGCUGGAGUACGCUGCUGCCACUAAAGUCUCAAACGACGCCGCUGCCAAGACGACCAUACGACGCCGCUGUCAACUAAUCGAUGAUGCUGAUCUCUAAAACCCUCGACUGGCUUCGUUUCUAUCAGCCUUAUCCUUCAUCUUCAUCCUCAACACCCAAAAGCAAAAGAAGAACCACUUUCUCCAAGCAUCAAGAUCGCCUACAACCUUGUGCUUCUCAAAAGUGUGGCUACAUCAACGGAUCUCCUUCAACGGUCCUGAAGACAAUUGCCUAUUUAAAGCUUUCUCCACAUGAAGAAGGGCAAUGGUUGCAGCUUGAAUAGCAGAUCUAUUAGGUUGUCAAGGGUCUGGUUAUUUCGAACAAUCUUCAGUCUCCUCAUCUAUAGAGAAUGAUUCUGGGUAGAUAGGAGUGGGAAGUUUGUUCGGUUCUCUCUUUCACCGAUCAUCCAUCUGUUUUUCUUUCUUUCAAUUGUAUUUUGCUUGUCUUUCCCUUUCAAAAAGCGGUCAUAAUGACUGCAGAAUAGCUUCAGUAUCUUAAUCAAAUUAGUUUCCUUCG